AUUCAGGAAAAAAGAUCGGUAAGACAUAUUCUAGGGUUUGAUAUGGACAUAGAAAAUAUGUGUUUAAGAGUUUGAUCGGCAAGGAACUGUUUAAUUUGCAAUAUUUGCCACUCUUUGUGCCCGAACUUUAUCCCUGUUCGGCAGAUUCUUCUUUCUCUUUGUCUCUAUUCACCAUUUUUGGCCGGCCGAAGCUCCGAUGAAGCAAAAGUUUUUCCAAGCUGGCCGCCUGCAGAGGCUUGUUAAUUAACAAUGGUCACGUCUCAUUAUUUCAACUUGCUUAACAAUUGUAGUGGUUAUAAAGUCGUUUGUUGUUUGAUGGACAAAUGCUCGAUCGCCGCACCACGUUGGAAUCAUUGACAAAUUACUCACUAAUAGUGUUUAUUAAGUAUAAACAAAAUAAUUAUAGUUGCCUUGAAGGUAGGACUGACUAGCACGAUAGUAAUUGUAACGACAGAAUGAGUAAUCUACGGUGUAAAAAAAUAAAAGCACUUGAUUUGCUAUUUGUAGGGCGUGUGUUAGUCAGUCCACAAGCAUAAGAGACUAGUUUGUCAAUAAUUGUAUUGAGUUUGUGAGAAGGAUUUUAUUAGUCACCUUCUCCAUGCCCUAAACGAAAAAGACCGGAACCAAACCUAGAAAUGAAAAUUACCGAAACGGAUUCCAACUAGAGAAGACAAAAGUGUAAAAUGUUGGAACAAGGACUCGAACCCUUUGUUUGCUGGGAAGCUCGCUGAAUUCUUGAAUAUACCAAUUGUAGUACCGCAAGAUAAACCCCUUAUUUAUAUAGUUAGGUACUAUUUAAUGGAUCCAAAUCUCGACCUGUAUGUUGAAUACCAGUGAAAAUACCUACCACACUGCCACUAGACCAAACUCUAUUUGUCAAGAUUAAGAGUUAGUCGUUUGUUUAGAGGUCAGGUUAGUAAGUUAUUUUAGCAUACUCUAAUUUGGAGGGUCAUAGGGGUUGAGUCUAUUGAUUAAGUGCCUAGAUUAGUGCCGCCAAUAUGGCCUUGGACUUGCGCCGGCUAAGCUCUGGUAUUUUGAUUUGGCUUUAUAUAAAGUCAUCUAAGCAAGCAUCAACCUCCCCAAAGAGCAAAAUCAUUUCCAGCAAAUGGCUAGUUAUUAUUCUCCCCAACCCAAAUUCUACUACUACUACUACUCGUCGUUAAUAUUCAUCUGCCUAUCCACCCUGAUGUUCAGAAUCAACUCCCAACCUGCACCCCGCAACAUUUCAUUAGGCUCAUCGCUCACCGCCGGCGCCGCAUCCAAGGACUACUGGCUCUCCCCGUCGGGGGAAUUCGCUUUUGGGUUCCAACAAGUCGCCGGCAGCAGCGCCAACGGCUUCCUCCUAGCCAUUUGGUACAACAAAAUCGCACAAAAAACCAUCGUGUGGUCAGCCAACCGGAACGAGUUGGUCUCCUCCGGGUCGACCGUCAAGCUCACCAAGGACGGCAGCUUGAUGCUGGCCGACCCGUCGGGUCGGCAGAUUUGGGGGCCGAACGGAGUUGGGACCGGAGUUUCCUACGGCGCCCUAUUCGACACCGGAAACUUCGUACUCGCCAAUCGAAAUGCUACCGUUUUAUGGGGAAGUUUCGAUCAGCCAACCGAUACGAUAUUACCUAGCCAGAUUAUGAAAAGAGGUACCGAAUUGAUAUCCAAAUAUUCGCCGGCGAACUACUCCACCGGAAGAUUCAAGUUCACACUCCAAAACGACGGCAACCUGGUGGCCUACACUACUUUCUACCCACAAACAGGCAGCAAUUACCCGUACUGGGCGAGCAAUACCGCCGGAAGCUCCGUCAAUUUCAACAAAUCCGGCAACGUCUUCUUCUCCUCCGCCAACGGAACGAUCCUCCUCUACCUGUUCACGAACCAAGAACCGACCCAAGAACUACACCAGAGACUUACAAUCGACCACGACGGCGUCAUCCGGCUGUACGCCUACCCAAAACAGAGCAGUCCUUCCGCCGGCAGGAGAUGGCCGGCGGAAUGGACGACGCUUGGUUUCAUGCCGAAGGAGAACAUCUGCGCCCUGAUGCGAGAGGACACCGGCAGUGGGGCUUGCGGGUUCAACAGUUACUGCCAGAUCGAGGAUGCCCAGUUCCCCAAAUGCAAAUGCCCACAAGGGUACAAGUUCGUGGACCAUUCCGACGAGAGCAGGGGAUGCUUGAAGACUUUCCCCCCGCAGGACUGUUCUUCCGCGGAGAAGGAGGACGGGCUGUUCGAUUUGGUGGAGAUGGUGAAUACGAUCUUCCCAUCAGGGGAUUACGAGUAUUACGAGUCGAUCUCGGAGGACAUGUGUCGCGAGCUCUGUUUGAGCGAUUGCUUGUGCGAUGCGGUGACUUACGAGCGCGCGUCUUGCUGGAAGAAGAGGGCGCCACUGUCGAAUGGCUACAUGGAUCAGGAGAAUACAGGGAAGACUCUGCUGAAAGUUCGGAGGCAGAAUUCGACUUCGACGGCGGAGAAGAAGAAGAAGCAUGAUCGAUCGAUGAGGCUGAUGGUGACUGCGGGAUGGGUUCUUCUGGGUAGCUCUGUUUUCGUCAAUUUACUGUUUCUCGUAGCUGGCUGUCCAUGGAGGAACAAGAAUCGGAUGAUGAGCCAAGUUGCUGAUGACUCGGAUGAAGCGACGGCUCUGUCCACGAAUCUCCAGAGGUUUACGUACAGAGAGAUGGAAUCGGCGACGGAAGGGUUCAAGCAAGUGCUCGGCAGCGGUGGAUCCGGCACGGUUUACAAAGGGGUUCUUGGCGAAAGAUCGGGGGAAUUGGUUGCAGUCAAAGUGCUCGACAAAUUGCCUGAGAGAGAUGGCCACGACGUGAGGGAGUUCGCCACGGAGGUGAAGAUAAUCGGCGGGACUAACCACAAGAACUUGGUGAAGCUGGUGGGAUACAGCAACGAAGGGCAGCAUCGGCUUCUGGUUUACGAGUUCAUGAGCAAUGGGUCGUUGGCCGAUUCGCUGUUUGGAGGAGGGUCGUUUCCCAGGCCCAAUUGGUAUACGAGGACCCAGAUAGCUUACUCGGUCGCGAGAGGACUGGUUUACCUUCACGACGAAUGUAGCACUCAGAUCAUUCAUUGCGACAUCAAGCCGCAAAACAUACUUCUAGACGAAGGAAUGACUGCCAGAAUCUCGGAUUUCGGGUUAUCCAAGCUUAUGAAGGCCGAUCAGACCAGGACCACUACCGCGAUCCGUGGGACCAAAGGGUAUUUGGCGCCGGAGUGGUUCAGGAAUGUGCCCGUGACGGCUAAGGUCGACGUGCACAGUUUCGGCAUUGUGCUUCUGGAGCUAGUUUGCUGCAGGAAGAACUUUUUGCUGGAUUUCGACAAGGAAGAGGAGAUGGUACUGGUGGACUGGGCCUAUGAUUGCUACAGCAGAGGGAAGUUGUAUAAGCUGGUGGAGAAGGAUGAGGAGGCAAUGGAGGAUUUGAAGAAAGUGGAGCGAUUUGUGAAGGUUGCAUUGUGGUGCAUUCAGGAAGAUCCUUCGUUGAGACCUGGAAUGAAGAAAGUUGUUCAUAUGUUGGAAGGGGCUGUUCCUGUCUCUGAACCUCCCGAUCCUAACUCCUUUAUGAGUGCCGUAUGAUAUGCUCGAUCACUGAGAAUUUUUGCUAUUUGGGUAUCUUUUGUGAAAUCCUUUAGAAUCUAAACUUGUACAUAUGUAAUAGAAAUAGUUUGAGUUUACGAGACAAAUGUACUAUGGAUACAAAAGUUUUAAGAUCCUUUAACCUUGUGACUUGUGAGCACAAGGAAAAGACACAAAAGAAUUUUCUCACCAAUCCCGAGUGUUGGCAAUUUGAAUGGAAACAAAGACCGAUGCAAGUUCUUGACUUUAUGAUUAUCAAAGUCUCUUUACCUCUGCUGAUUAGACCUAAUUUGCGUCUAUCAUGAAGCGAGUAAAGAUAUUAAAGCAUUCGUUCCGCUCUUUGUCACUGUUAUUUUUAAUAGUUAAUUUAUGCUAGUUUUUUGGCCGCGCUUCGCGGCUGUAAGAAUUUGAUCAUAUCUAAAAUUUGGUCCACUCUCUUACUCAUUUAAUGAUUAAGUCGAGUAUAUAUAUCUUGACAAUUUUCUAUGUAGUUUCUUAAUUAUAUAGAAAACUUAUAUAAUAUGUUUGUUUAAGUGAUGCUUAAGAAAUAACUAUCCAUUUAUAAGUUUUAAAUAAUGUAUUCAUAAUUUAAAUAAAAGUGGGAGAACGAAGUUACCUAAAUCUUUCAUAAUAUAUGGUCUAAUAAUAAAAUCAAGUUAUGAAAAAUAUCAUAUUUGAUUAAACUACAAUGAAAAAGUUAACUUGCCUUAUAGAUUUUGCAUAAUGCAAAUUGUUAAUUAUUAUUUUUUAUUUAAUAUAUUUAUAAUAUGUAAAUCCUUCGUAAUGUGAAAUGAAAGAGUAUCGAGAUAUUUGUCUAAAGGUGAAAGAUUUUAGGGUUAAAUUGAGUGCAUGAGAUUGAAAAAAAAUUGAUUAAACAACUGACUGUGAGAAAAAAGAGGUUAUGGUAAAAUUGAGUGUUGAGUACCAAAAAAUCCGCUGAAAAAUGAAAAAGUAGCGAGAUAGCUGUCUAAAGGUAAAUACAAAAUUCUAGUGAAAUUGGAUGCAAAAAAAUGAAAAAUAAAAAAAAUAUAUAAACAGCUGACUAUUGGCUAAAAGAUGAUAGUAAAACUGAGUAUAGAGUAUAUAGAUAUCUUGAAUUUUUUUUAUGUAGUUUCUUAACUAUCACAGAAAACUUAUAUAGUACGGUUGUUUAAGUGAUACUUAAGAAAUAACUACCCAUUUAUAAGUUUUAAAUAAUGUAUUCAUAAUUUAAAUAACAGUUUUAGAACGAAGUUACCUAAAUCUUUCAAAAUAUGUGGUCUAAUAAUAAAAUCAAGUUAUGAGAAAUAUCAUAUUUGAUUAAACUACAAUGAAAAAGUUAAUUUACAUUACAGAUUUUGCAUAAUGCAAAUUGUUAAUUAUAGUUUUUACUUAAUAUAUUUAUUAUAUGUAAAUCCUAGUAUCGAGAUAUUUGUCUAAAGGUAAAAUAGUUUAUGGUGAAAUUGGAUGCAGAAAAAAUAUUUGAUUAAACAACUGACUGUGAGAAAAAAAAGCUUAUGGUAAAAUUGAGUGUUGAGUACAAAAAAAUCUGUUGAAAAAUGAAAAAGUAUUGAGAUAGCGGUCUAAAGAUAAAUACAAAAUUCUAGUGAAUUUGGAUGAAAAAAUGAAAAAUAAAAAACUACAUAAACAAUUGACUAUUGGCUAAAAGAUGAAAAUAAAAUUAAGUGUAGAGUAUAAAAAAUCUAGUAGCUAUUGAAUGGGGGAAAAUCUCAUUAACAACUGAUUGUAGGAAAAAAGUUACUAUAAAAUUGGUCAAAUCAGAUAUAGAGUAUAAAAAACAUAACAACAAUUAUAGGUUGGGUUGUUAAUAAUUAGUGGCCGGUGAUAUAUGUUAACUUUAUUUAAUCCAUAUUAUAUUGGGUUGAUUGUUAUGAGGGAAGAAGGAGAUGUUGUAAAUGAGUCCACGAAAAAAAGACCCUCUGAUGAACAUUAACCCCAUGUUUUGAGCGAUAAAAUCGUAAGGAACAG